AUGGAAAAAGAAGAGCCUGAGAUUAAACCCAUUAUUAAUGGUGGAUCUAAAGAAAAUGACACUGAAGAUACCAAUGGGCAGCAGUCAUCUUUUACAACAGAAGAAUCUCUGACUGAGACUGAAAAUAAUAAUUCUACCCAGACGCAUGAAUCUAAUAAUGCACACAAUGAGCAACUACAAAAGGAACUAGACUUGGCUAUUUCAGAAUUAUCUUUGGUCAAAGAUCAACUUAAAGCUCAAGAAGUUUCGAUAAUCUCUCCUUCUUCUUUUUCUUCUUCUUCUUCAGACGAUAGUGCUUUAAGGGCUCGAAUUGAAGAGCUAACAAAGAAACUGACUACCCAACAGGAACAACAUGCCGAGGAACUAGAGAAAGUGACAAAGGCUCGAGACGAUUACCAUUCGCAAUACCAGUCAUUAUUGGAUAAGGUGGGCCGGAUAAAAACUUCGCUUGGAGAUAAGCUAAAACGAGAUGCAGACGACCUUGAACAAUCUAAAGCUCAGGUGGUUCAGCUAGAACGAGAAAAAAAGGAGCUCGAUAAUUCGAUCGAAAACUUAAAACGUGAACUCAUUACAUCUACCAAAGAAGCUGACGGACUUUCGCGAGACUUGUCACAUACACGCCGCGACUACCAAGAAGCCAUCACGUCGUGGGAAGCAGAAAAAGAUGCACUUGUCAAGGAAACACGACAGCUAAAACAGCAGUUAGAAGUGGCUCAGACCAUGACCCAGGACUUACAGUCGUCGAUUCAAGAUGAGAGACUUAUGCACAACAAUUUUCAGUCCAAGGUACAAGAUCUCGAGGACCAGAUUUUACAACAAACAAAUUAUGCAGAGCGGUUCCGCACUGAGUGCGAAGCUGCACGCAACAAAAUCAAAAACUUGGAAAAUGAGUUUGGGCUGUACAAAACUAAUAGAGAAGCUAAGCUAACUACGAUGGAAAAUGAGAUUCUAAGUCUUAAAGAAAAUCAACUGGAGCUAACUACUCAACGUGACAAUGCCCUAAUGCAUAACAAGGAACUUUCCCAGGCUGCAGAGAGCGUGCCUAAGCUGGAGCAGCAAGUUAAGGAAAAGCAGCUGCUGAUUGGCAAGCUGCGCCAUGAAGCUGUCACUUUAAACGAGCACUUGACCAAGGCAUUGCGUGUUAUUAAAGAAAACUCCCAGGGAGACACAGUCGAUCGUCAGCUAGUGACAAACAUGUUGCUGUCAUUUGUUACUCUGCCGCGUGCAGAUACUAAGAGGUUUGAGAUUCUCCAGCUUAUUGCCAAUUACUUGAGCUGGGAUGAUGAUCAAAAAUCCCAGGCUGGACUUGUCCGUGCUCCAUUAGGCUCGACUCCUGGAACACCAUUGGGAUUAUCAAAUGGUAAUAGUGCACCGUCGUCUCAAGGUCAAGUCACGUCUCCACGAGCAGGAUCCUUUUCACGCACACCGUCACUUGAUAGCUCAGGAACAAGCGGGGGGGGUUUUAUAAGCAUGUUUGCAGAUUUCCUCGAACGUGAGAGUAGUCGGAGGUCAUAA